AUGCUCAAAUCGACCUAUACGGCGCCUCCUCCAUUACCGCCAGGGUGGACGGAACACAAGGCCCCUUCAGGUCACCGGUAUUACUAUAAUUCUCAAACAAAACAAUCAACUUAUACGCGGCCGCAACCGCUUCCUACCUCAUCGCAGCCGACCGCAACAGAAACCGCACCACUUCUCACACCGGAUACACUACCGCCGUUCUCGUCCACACCAUACGUUCCGCAGGGUUUUGGAUUCGGGGGUGGAUUCCCAGGAGCUCAGCAUCAUCCUCACCAAGGUCAGACUCGGGGAGGCUUCCGGGGUGGGAAAGCAUACCAAGACCGCAGAUCUCGGGGGCCAGAGGACAGACCAAAGUCGAAGCAUGCUAUACCCGGAUGCGAAUCGUGGGUACUGGUGAAAACUAAGCUUAAGAGGAGAUUCGUUUAUAAUACUGAGAGCAACGAAAGUUUCUGGAAAUUCCCUCAAGAGGUCCUCAAGGGAGUCAUCGAGUACGAUCGCAUCGAAAGAGAGAAGAAAGAACGCAGAGAACGCGGUGAAGUGAGCGUAGAACCAGAGACGCAAAAACCGGAAUCUGUUCCUGCAAAACCUGAACCCGAACCAGUUGCACGUGAGGCUCCUGUGGAGGGCGGAGAUGAGAGCGAUGAGUAUGAAGAGGUGGAAGUGACAGACGAAGAGGAUGAGGAGCAACCAUCGAAACGAGCAAAGACGGAGGAUGAUCAACCAGUCGAAUUUACCGAAGAGGAUAUCGAAUACCAGCUUGCUGCCAUGGGUGAAGAAUACGGGCUUGACCCUGGCGAAUACGGCGAGCCGGGCGAAGAAGGCUGGGAGGAGGGCGCUGAAGGUCUCCCGUUGUCAGAUGAGGAUGCUGUAGCACUCUUCCGCGAUCUGCUAGAUGAUUUCCGUAUCAAUCCUUAUUCGCCAUGGGAGAAUAUUAUCGAAGAAGGUCACAUCAUAGACGACAGCAGAUACACGGUGCUUCCGAAUAUGAAAUCCCGACGCGAGGUAUGGUCAGAUUGGAGCCGUGACCGCAUCCAAGACCUUAAGGAACGCAAACAAAAGCAAGAAAAACAAGACCCCCGGAUCCAAUACCUGGCCUUCCUCCAGGAGCGUGCCACGCCCAAGCUGUACUGGCCGGAAUUCAAGCGCAAAUACAGAAAGGAGUCUGAAAUGAAGGACACACAUUUAUCUGAUAGAGACCGGGAAAAGUUCUACCGCGAGCAUAUAUCACGACUGAAGCUUCCCGAGAGCACAAGAAAAUCAGAUCUUUCUGCUCUGCUAAAAUCUGUUCCUUUGCAAUCACUAAAUCGCUCAUCGACCAUCCAUGCGCUUCCCUCUACUAUCAUCACCGACAUCCGCUACAUCUCACUUAGUCCUCAAGUACGCGAUUCACUUAUCGAAACAUACAUAUCUACCUUGCCAGCAGCGCCGGAACAAGAACACAUGAGUGCAGAGCAACAAGAAGAGCUCGACAGGAAGAGAGCUGACAGGGAGAAGCGUGAAAAGGCCCUUGCAAAACGCGAGAAAAGAGUCGAAGAGGAAAAACAGAAGCAACGAGGCGACCUUACCCGUGGUAAGCACCUUCUCAAAGAAGGCGAGGCUGAGAUCGAAGAGGCCAUGCGCAUCAGAAAAGAUGGGCUUCGAAGUUAUAUCGAAGCUGGAGACAGGGCCCGCGAAGGUGCAGGGGAGGACGCGGGAAAGCCAGCAUGGUAA